AUGCCUACUAUUUCUGUUAAUAAGCAGAAAUUAUAUGAGCUGCUCGGCAAAAAUUAUACCAAUGAUGAGUUUGACGAGUUAUGUUUCGAGUUUGGUAUUGAGCUAGAUGAAGAUACCACUGAAGAGGCUUUAAAAAAUAAUGAAGAACCAGAAUUGAAAAUUGAAAUUGGUGCCAAUCGUUAUGAUUUACUAUGUAUUGAAGGUAUUGCCCAAUCUUUGAAUGAAUACUUAGGUAGAUGCGAGGCUCCAAAGUACAAGUUAAAUAAGCCAACUACUAAAUUGUACAUUGAACCUUCUACUGAACAAAUUAGACCUUAUGCCGGAGCUGCUAUUCUAAGGGGUAUUAAAUUUACGAAACAUUCCUAUGAGUCCUUUAUCUCUUUGCAAGAUAAGUUGCAUUCCAAUUUGUGCAGAAAUAGAACUCUAGUAGCUAUGGGUACACAUGAUUUUGACUCUAUCCAAGGUCCUUUCAGGUACAAAGCAUUACCACCAAAGGACAUUAAGUUCAUUGCGUUGAACCAGACGAAGGAAUUGAACGCUGCUGAGCUUAUUGAGGUGUAUAAGACUCCUGAACAGAAGAACAACUUGGGCCGUUUCGUUCACAUUAUAGAAGAUUCGCCUGUAUACCCAGUAAUUUUUGACGCGAACAACGUUGUAUGCUCUCUUCCACCAUUGAUUAACUCUGAGCAUUCUAAGAUCUCACUUGAAACCCGUAACGUUUUCAUUGAGGUUACCGCAACCGAUAGGACUAAGGCUGAAAUCGUGUUAAAUCAAUUGGUUGCAAUGUUUUCUAGAUAUUGCGAUGAGGCUUUUGCUGUUGAAGCUGUAGAAGUUAUUUCUGAACAUAAUAAAGAGUCACGUCUAACCCCUAACCUCGAGCCAAGGAAGAUGAACAUUUCUUUGGAAAGCAUUAAUUCAUGUUUGGGGCUAUCUUUGUCUGCGGAAGAAAUUUGUGCUUGCUUGAAGAAAAUGUCUCUUCACGGUGCUCUAUCACCUAACGACGAUGAGUUGGAAGUUACAAUUCCAAUUACCAGACCUGAUAUUCUACAUGCCUGUGAUAUUUUAGAAGAUGUCGCAAUUGGCUAUGGCUACAACAAUUUGCCAAAACAUAACAUGUUAUCUAAUGCUAACUUUGUUCCUCGUCCUUUGCCAAUUAACAAAGUAUCGGAUAUUUUUAGGCUUGCAUCUAGUCAAGCUUCAUGGUUAGAAGUGUUGCCUCUAACUUUGUGUUCACAUGAUGAGAACUUCAAGUUCUUGAGAGUUGUAGAUGAUGGCACUCGCGCUGUAAAACUAGCUAACCCUAAAACAGCAGAAUAUCAGGUUGUCCGUACUACUUUACUACCUGGUAUUUUGAAAACGAUAAAAGAAAACAGAAAGCAGCCAUUGCCUAUGAAGGUCUUUGAAAGUGGUGACAUUGUGUUAAAGGAUGAUACGCUAGAAAGAAAGGCAUUCAAUCAACGUCACUGGGCUGCUAUUUAUGCUGGUAAGAAUUCCGGAUUCGAAGUUAUCCAGGGUUUACUAGGCAAAAUUAUGCAAACUUUCAGAACCGAAUGGCUUCCCGACUUUGGCAAUGGUGCCAACGGUAGAGGUUACUGGAUCGAACUAGAUGAGUCACUCCCAACCUAUUUCCCAGGUAGAGGUGCAAGGAUCAUGUUCAGACCAAGACAAGGCGUUGAGCCAAUGAAUAUUGGUAAUUUGGGUGUGUUACAUCCUGAAGUUAUGAACAACUUCGAUAUUCCAUACUCAGCAUCUUAUGUUGAAUUGAAUUCUGAAGUUUUCUUGUAA